CAAACCCGAACGGUAAACGAUAUCAUGUGACAGAUGACAUGAUGACUGUAACAGAGCGCACCAUCACCUGUAAAAGUCCCAGGCAGAACCGGCACUUGACCGCAACCAACCACCACGAUGAUGACCCAACCACCAUGGCCAUCACCAACCAAUAUAAAGUCUCUCGGUGAGACCCACGCAUACAUCGGCAGAUAACAAAGAUCUUCCCCCAAUAACCUCAGGUCCUCAACUGUAACCUCCCGCAUGAUCAUCACCCCAGCUUUCAUGCCGCUCUUCCUCCAGAUGGACUCCUGCAACCCAGUUAAAAAUCUAACCGAUGUCUCUUUGCAUGAACCAUCAGACGACAUUGCUUCCUCGGGCAUAUGCCCAAGUCUCCUUAUAGGCCGAUGAAGACGGGAACAGUGAUAAAAAGUGCAAAACCCCAUAUCCUGACUGGUGAACCCAAUACCAAGAGACGGGCGACUGCAUGCAAUAGUAUUACCACUUGGUUUGGACGCGACCCCAACCUUACGACGACGGUAAAUGAAAUCUUCAUUUUAUACCCAAGUGAUACUUGACUUUGCUCCUCUCCUGGCCUUCAAAUAUGAGUAAAGAGAAAAUUCUAGUCAACAUUGCAUAAUCCAAACCGCCAAACGAUGCGCGUCAUCUCCGACAAGAACCCUGACCAACACACAAGCCGACUAUCCUCCUUCUCUUCACAAAACCAACGCCUAGACAUCGAUAACAGCCGACUGCAACAGACGGGAACCCAUCAGAAAUACGAACAGAAAAGAAACAAUCCAGAAUCAACGCUAUAGCCACCGGACAUAAGAACGGGGUAUCAAGGAUGAAGUCGGAGAUAUAUCGUCCCUUUUGCUUUUGGAGUGGCGAGAACCACGGUGGGCAAAACGGGAAAGAAAAACGAGUGAACCAAUAAAACCAAAGUAUCAAACUACAACAAGUGAAGAAGAAAAUAAUUUCAGCUAGCGUCUGUCAAAUCCUUCUGCGCCCCGAUGUCUGGUGGCAAAGUCUAUCUUGUUAUAUGAAUGACUUGCCUUGCUGACACUUGUCAGUAUCUCGAGGAAGCAAAUCUUUGAGAAGGACAAUAUGGACAAUGUUCCCAGUAACCGUGAGCGCAUUGGGAAUCAACGAAUUCCCAGUCUGUGUCUUCAAAACGCGUUGUGCUCUGAGGUUCAGGGAGGUCGUUUUCGUGAAUGCGGGCAGGAUAUGGGUAUGGAAAGUUAUGAUGCGUGGUCAUCCCAGGGGCAUAAAUCAGCGGUGAAACAUCGUCGGGGCUCUGAGGGAAACGACCUUCGGCUUCCUGAAACGUCGUGUCGGUUCCAAACUUCGCAGCGCCGGGCUCAAAAUUUGAGUACUUGGAAGUGCUUCAAGUGA